GGUGAGGGCAGUGGGCUGGGGACCGCGGAGGGCUGAGGGCUAUCGCGGCGGCGGUGGCGGCUGCGGGAUGGAGUUGAGCUCCCGGCUCCGUUAAAGACUGGCAUCGGCUGCGGCGGCAGUCGAGGGAAGGAGGGAGCGGACCAUGAAGGGGGCUCUGGGCAGUCCGGUGGCCGCCGCCGCAGCCGCCACCUCCGUGAUGCAGGAGAGUUUCGGCUGCGCGGUUGCCAACCGAUUCCACCAGCUGCUGGACGACGAAUCGGACCCGUUCGACAUCCUGCGCGAGGCCGAGCGGCAGCGGCAGCGACAGCAGCAGCAGCAGCGCAAGAAGCGCGACGAAGCGGCGGGAGCUGCGGGAGGCGGCGGCGGCGGCGGCGGCGGGGGCGGCGGCGGCGUUGGCGGCGGGGGCGGCGGGGGCCGUAGACCCGCCUCGGCCGGGGCUGCGGGCCUUAGACUGAGCGGCAGCAGCGGCAGCAUCGGCAUCGGCGGCGGCGGCGGCGGUGGAGGCGGCGGUGGCGGCGGCAGUGGCGGCGGCAGCGGCCGGAGGGAGUCCCAGAAAGACCGCAAGAUCUUCUCCUCCCCCUUCUCCCAGCCAGACAGCUUUGGGGGAGGCCCGCAGCCGCCCGGUCAAAAGCGAGCUGCUAAAAGAGGGGAGCAGCAGGCAUGGAAUGAUAACCGGGGAGCAGAUGUAAAACUGGAUAAGACAGAACGAAGAACAUAUAGGGAAUAUCGACCCUAUGAAAUGGAGAGACAAGUGGAGUUUACAGUGGAAAAGUUUACAAUUGGAAAGCCAGUUGAAAGAUUUGAACGGGAAAGACCAAUUAGAGGCCGUGGAGGCAUAAGAGGUGGAAUGCGAAGCAGAGGGAGAAGCAGUGGAAUGAACAGAACUUUUGAUGGUUUUGACCAAAGGGGGAAGAGAGAAUUUGAAAGACACAGCGGUGGAAAUGAUAAAACUGAGUUGGAACAAACUGCUCCCAUGGAAGAGACUGCCGAAAUAGAAGAGCACCAAGGAGUAGCUGAAGGAGAAGCUUUGACUAAAGUUGCCGAAGUUGGGGAGCUAGUGGAAGAAUCUCAAGUUCAAGAAAUGACCUUAGAUGAAUGGAAAAACCUCCAAGAGCAAAAUCGACCAAAGCCUGAAUUCAACAUCCGGAAGCCUGAAUCCAGUGUUCCUUCCAAAGCAGUGGUGAUUCACAAGUCAAAAUAUAGAGAUGAUAUGAUAAAGGAUGACUAUGAGGAUGACACCCAUGUUUUCAGAAAAGCAGCCAAUGACAUCACAUCCCAGUUGGAGAUUAAUUUUGGUAAUCUGCCUCGUCCUGGGCGUGGAAGCAGAGGUAGUACACGAGGUCGAGGAAGAAUCAGGAGGGUGGAAGAAUCUGGAUCCAGACCAGAAGUUGUGACACAAAUCAUUGCUCCAAACCCAGAUGAUCCUGAAGACUUUCCUGCUUUGGCUUGAAAGAGCCCUCGUUUAACAGCACCAUGAAAUAGCUUUGGCACAGCUAUGG